UUUCACAUUGUUUAAUUUCUUGUGGCAAAUGUGGAGUGGAAGUUGUUCUCUGUGCCAAUAAUCUUUUGACCCAAAAGGCUAAAUAGUUCCCUCAAUUUGACCGAACGCAACACCAAACUGUUGCGGCUACAACGAAUCCGGUUCAGUGAAAGUAAUUUUAUUCGACCGUGCAUUUAUAUUGUGUGAAGAGCGUGGUGAAAUAGCAAUCUCGAAUUCCCUCACCACCACGUGUUUUUGCGCAAUUCUCAAGAGGUUUUGCCGAUCGCAAAACAAGAAACCAAACCAAACGGACUUAUCUCCCAUCGUUGAUAAACAAUGGAGAACGGAACUUCCAACAAUCUGCAGGAUGGACUUUCGUGCGAGGAGCUGUUCAUGAAAAGCGAUGGACUGACGUACAAUGACUUCAUCAUCCUGCCCGGGUACAUCGAUUUUACUGCCGAAGAAGUGGAUCUAUCAUCACCGUUGACGAAGAAAAUUAUGCUGAAGGCACCGCUCGUAUCCUCUCCCAUGGACACGGUUACCGAAGCCGAAAUGGCAAUCUCCAUGGCGCUGUGUGGUGGAAUCGGCAUUAUCCAUCACAAUUGCACUCCCGAGUACCAGGCGAACGAGGUUCAUAAGGUGAAAAAGUACAAGCAUGGCUUCAUCCGUGACCCACUCGUGAUGGGUCCAGAAAAUACGGUCGCCGACGUACUGGAGGCUAAACGCAAGAAUGGCUUCACCGGGUAUCCGAUCACUGAGAAUGGCAAAAUCGGUACCCGACUGGUGGGCAUCGUUACGUCACGCGAUAUCGACUUCCGCGAGCACGACGUGGAUAUCAAGCUGAAGGACAUUAUGACGAAGCUGGAGGAUCUGAUAACGGCACCGAACGGGGUAACGUUGCAGGAGGCGAACAGCAUAAUGGAGAAAAGUAAGAAGGGAAAACUUCCGAUCGUGAAUAAAACCGGCGAGCUGGUAGCACUGAUCGCCCGAACCGAUCUGAAGAAGGGACGUACCUAUCCGAACGCACUGAAGGACAGCAACAAGCAGCUGCUUGUGGGUGCAGCCAUUGGCACGCGCGAAGAGGACAAAGAUCGGCUGGAGCUGCUGUACCACAACGGGGUGGACGUGAUCGUGCUGGAUUCGUCCCAGGGCAACUCGCUCUAUCAGAUCAACAUGAUCAAGUACAUCAAGGAGAAGUAUCCUACGCUGCAAGUAAUUGCGGGCAACGUGGUGACAAGGCAGCAGGCCUACAAUCUCAUUACGGCCGGGUGCGAUGCGUUGCGCGUGGGCAUGGGUUCGGGCUCGAUCUGCAUCACGCAGGAGGUGAUGGCGUGCGGUUGCCCGCAGGCAACGGCCGUCUAUCAGGUGUGCAAUCUUGCCCGUCAGUACGGUGUGCCGGUGAUAGCGGACGGUGGCAUUCAGUCGAUCGGACACAUCGUGAAAGCACUGUCACUGGGCGCAUCGGCUGUGAUGAUGGGAUCGCUUCUGGCUGGUACAUCGGAAGCGCCCGGCGAAUACUACUUCAGCGAUGGCGUACGCUUGAAGAAGUACCGUGGCAUGGGCAGUUUGGAAGCGAUGGAACGCAAAGAUGGUAAGGGUUCGGCCAGUUCCCGUUACUAUCACACGGAGAUCGAAAAGAUGCGUGUUGCGCAGGGUGUCAGUGGUAGCAUUGUCGAUAAGGGUUCGAUAUUGCGCUUUGUGCCGUACUUGUUGUGCGGUCUUCAGCACAGCUGCCAAGAUAUUGGUGCACGUUCCAUCACAAACCUAAGAAAAAUGAUCUACAACGGAGAGUUACGUUUCAUGAAGCGUACCCAUUCGGCCCAGCUGGAGGGCAACGUGCACGGUCUAUUCUCCUACGAGAAACGUCUGUUCUGAGAUCAACCCAACGCCCCGGAGCAUCCGUGAGGGACCAUGGGACCCUUUCGAUCGUCCUAUCCGGUUUGAUAGAAUGCCGAGGGUAGCGGCAUUCGGUGGGUUCGUGCAGAAAAUCCAAGCCUCUGCCACGAUGACACUUAAAAAGAAACACAGAGCGUAGGUCUGAAGGUGUUCAGAUUGAUGCUACCACUGUACUAAGCAUGAUUUGUAGAUCGUAAAGUUAAAAAGUAAGAAUGAGACAGACACAACCACAGCAGAGGGUAACAGGAAAAAUAGGCUAAUGGCGUAUAACGCGUACCAGCGCUCCUGCAACCGAUGAUUAAUUUGUAAGCAUUUAUAAUUUGCAAACCAAUAUGAAACAAUCAAUCGUGAGGAAGUGAUGUCAUCGGGAAUUAUUUUAAGUUCCUUAAUUAUGAGACGUUUUAGUUGAGUUUUUGGUACUGUCGCCGCUGCACCGCAACAAAGUAAAUCGUUCGUCUUCUCCAUGUUGGAGAAAGCACCAAAACAACCAGCUGUGUGUUUAGUCAUGAUAAAUCCAACUGAUUGAAUAUAAAUUUCAAAUACACACACACUUAUCUUGUGUGAGUGCAGUAAACAUUAAUUAAAAAGUUAGGGGGGAAAAAUCUAAAAACGAUCGUGAAACAGUUCUGGCGUAUCAUUGGAACCGCUUGCCUUCAGAUUGUGUAAAACACUGCUAGUAAGAUUGUACUAGGGCUGUUCAAUUGAAUUCAAUUGAGCGGGGGUAAAAAAAUGUUAAGCUUAAGCAACACCAUUUGCAUUGCAAUACGUACGCAACCUUCUGUCGUACGAGGACGCCGUUAAUGAAAAAGGAUUAUUACACACCGAUUGUACUAAUAAUUCAAAAACAAUGAAUCAACUUCUCAGAGCGUGUACAGGAGAUAUUGCAAUUCACAACCACUGCAGACUUUCUUCUAUGACUUUUCGGUUAUCUUAGAACGAUUAAAUUAAGUGACUUUAUUCCUUUGGAACAUGCUUGAAUAUGUUGCGUAUUACGUAUGAAAUGGAAAUUCGAAUGAUGGUUAAAUGUCCAAACAUUGCUAUUGUACGGUAAUAAUGAGAGAUACUUAAUGAGCUUUUAUGGGAAAAAAGUGUACGUCUGUGUCUAAUGUUAGUUUGGUACAAUCGGCAAUGGAAAAUGUAAAGAAAAUAAACGUUAAUGAGAGUGGGAGCUACGAACCAA